AUGGAUAAUAUUAGUGUCCAGCAACCACAAAAUGCAGGAGUCUUAAUUAACCCCAAUUUCCCUCUUCUAGAAAGCGGAGCCACAAUGCAUCUAGGAGUCAAAGCUGGCGACGUAGCAAAUAGGAUCUUAUCAGUUGGAGAUGCUGGGAGGGCUGAAAGAAUUGCGAGGCUAUUUGAUUCCCCAGAAAGUACAAAAAUCGUUAAGAGCGAGAGAAUGUUUACAACAUACACUGGAACUUAUAAAGGCGUUCCAAUUUCGAUUAUUGUAACUGGAAUGGGCAUCGCAAUGAUGGACUUUGUGGUCAGAGAAUCCACUUUUUAUGUCCAAGGAAACGUUGCUAUGAUUAGGUUAGGCACCACAGGUCUUCUAAAGCCUUCAUGGCCUGCUGGCACUAUUGUUGUGGCCAAACAAGCCAGAUUUGUGCAGCAGAAUUAUGACUACUGCCCAUCAAAUUCUAACGAUGAGCCUUAUAGACUCACAAACCCAGUUGACGCUGAUGCUUCUCUAAAGGAUCUUCUAUAUUCAAAAUUAUCAUCGAAAUUAAGUAAUGAAAAAGUAAGAGAAGGAGUGAACAUAACGACAGAAACAUUUUACGCAGCUCAAGGAAGAGCAGGUGAUCUCUUUGAAGACUACAACGAAAGACUUAUACAGUUUGUGGAAGAAAAUGAGUCUGAAGCUAGCAAUUUCGAAAUGGAGACGUUUAAGCUGCUGCAAUUAGCUGAUAAAAGCAAAGGGAAAAUAAAAGCUGCUGCUUGCGCUAUUGGGCUCAUUAAUAGAGCCACAGGAGAAACACUUCCAUACCAGAGCUUGCAUGAGCUUGAAGUGGUAAGUUCUGAGGCGAUCUUGAGCACGUUGGCUGAAUUUAGUUUAGAUAAUCCUAUAAAUACUUCCUCCUUUCGUCAGCGAACAAAACUAUUGGAAAAAUCCCUAUUUUGAAAAGCGAGCAAACAAACAUUUUUUAAAUAUAAAACAUUUUAUGAUAAAGAGAUUUGAUAUAUGAAUGAUAAUUAUUAUAUAUGUUGAUCUAAUUCUGUUUAAUUUUAAACAGCUUGCAUUUUAAGCAUAAGUUUUAUAAAUGAAUUAAUUUUUGUUUUCCAAUUUUUAAAAAAAAAUUUAAUAAUAAAAUUAAUAUAUAAAUUUUUUAACCAAGACAAAAUUUUUUUGUUCCCUCACUAAGGAGGAAUGGAGUAAGUAAUUAA